AUGCUUAUGUUGGGGUUUGAUCUACCUGAAAACAAUCUUAAGGACUGUUCCGUUAGUUCUUUACUUUCUGACCAUGUUACUACGACAAUUGACUUGGAUUAUCCUCCAAAAGAAUCUCAUCAAUCUACUAAGAUUGUAGGUUCCGUCAAUGGGCUGAUUUGUGUUGCUAUUGAGAAAAAAGACUUGUUUCUAUGGAAUCCAUCAAUUAGAAAGCUCAAGAAAUUGCCUGAUUCUGAAACUAGUUAUGUUUUCUCGUAUGAUUUUGAAUAUGAUGAGCUUCAUGAUGAUUAUAAGCCAGGUAUGUUUGUGAAUGGGAAGCUUCAUUGGGCUAUUACUACUAAGCGUUUUAGUAAUAAUAAUUAUUGGGACAUAAUUUUUGUUGACUUGGCUAAUGGGAAAUGGGGAGAUAUAGAAAAACCUAUGGGCGGAGAAGGAAAUUUUGUUUUCAUAUCGUGCCUCAGUGUGUUGGGAAAUGAUCUUUCUAUGGUUUCUAGUCAGCUUAUUAGUCACCUAGAUUUGUGGGUUAUGAAGGAAUACGGAGUUAAAUAA